AGGAAUUUCCUGCCUCAGUGUGUAAUUAUUGCCUCUCAAGGUCCUGCCAGAGCCUUGUGCCUCCUUCCUAAAGCCCAGUGCCUUGCUUAGUUGGCUUUGGGAAGGUAGCGCGAGGAGGUGGGGGUCGUCCAGUUUGGGCCUCCACCCCCCAACAAGGCAGUAUGCGGUUAUAUCAAAGUGCUCUUGCAGCCCACUUGGUAUGGAAAGUUGGACUACCCUGCUCUAGCUCAAGUUCAGAACGGUUUGAAUACGGAAAUGAGAAAAAUGCUGCUGCUAUUGUUUUAAAUAGCUUGACCGGAGGGAGAAAGGAAGGAAGGAAGGGUGAGGAGGAGAAAAGCUGUGUGUGGCUAUAAACAGAUCUGCCAACACUCCAGAAGUUGCAGAAGUCUUCUAAUCUGCAUUCAUUUUGAUUUGUUUGUGGUGAAGUUAUACAAUGAUGUUUACCUGAUUUGCUUGUGGGGUGUUUAUUCAUCUGUUAAUAAUUUGUCCGUCCCCCACUUUUCAGUGUGUUUCCCCAUUAAUUUCCUAACUGCAAAAAAGUGUUUGUGUCAAGUGCAUUGGUUGCCCCAAGGCCACAGAGCAUUUUAAUCUAUUUUAAUUGUGCAAACCUACACUUGAAUCCCUCCCACAAAAUAGCAGUCUGGAGGUGAUUGCGCAGCAGCUGAGUUAUAGCUCAUGUGACUAUUUUGAUUUAUCUUAACUUGUUCCUUCCCUGCAUGGCUUUCUUACUGUGUCUUUAAGUGGGGUGGUUUUGCUUUGUGAGUGUGUGUGUGGCCAGAAACACCAGCGGCAGUGCUGUCUGAGAGCGUGCAGUUUGUAAGAGGCUUUUUUUGUUCCUCCGCCAUGGCUGGGUGCUGCAGCUUGAAGAAUGUUUGUGAAUAUGAAACUAACAAGGUUGUGCGCAUUCAGAGUGUCUACUACGGGAGCCUCAAGUGGGCCAUCCAUUCUGUCGUCUUCAUGUAUGUCUGUGUUGUCCUUAUUGCUGACAGACGCUAUCAGAAGAAGGACUCCGUCAUCAGCUCAGUGCACACAAAAGUGAAAGGGGUUUCUCAGACUGAAGCAAGGAUCUGGGACACAGUGGAGUACACUCUCCCUAUCCAGGGAAUAAAUUCAUUCUUUGUGCUAACCAAUAUCAUCAAGACAGAGAACCAAGUCCAGGGACUUUGCCCUGAGUUUCCCCUUGCCAAAGCUGUUUGCUCUACCGACAAGAGCUGUAUGAAAGGUCGUAUGGACCCUCAGAUUAAUGGAAUUCAGACCGGCAAAUGUGUGAACUACAACACAACCAUCAAAACAUGUGAGGUCGCAGCUUGGUGCCCCGUGGAGUCAAUUAAAAAGGCUCCGGAGCCUGCCAUUCUGAGAAGUGCUGAAAACUUCACUGUGCUGAUAAAAAACAACAUUCACUUCCCGAAAUUUAAUUAUACGAAAAGAAACAUUUCACCGGAUUUUAAUAUUUCCUGCACAUACAACAAGAACACUGCUCCGCAUUGUCCAAUUUUCCGGCUGGGAGAUAUUCUCCGAGCAUCAGGGGAGAACUUCUCAGAGGUGGCUGUUCAGGGUGGCAUCGUGGGCAUCGAAAUUAACUGGGAUUGCAACCUGGACAAGUGGCUUCACCGCUGCGAACCCAAAUAUGGUUUCCGGCGUCUGGAUGACAAAAAAACAAAUGAAGCCUUGUACCCUGGAAACAAUUUUAGAUUUGCAAAGUAUUACAAGCAGGCUGGUGGGAAGGAGGAGAGAACCCUGAUCAAAGCCUAUGGCAUUCGCUUCGACAUCCUCGUGUUUGGCAUGGCUGGGCGGUUUGAUUUCUUUGAGCUCCUGGUAUAUAUUGGUUCCGCACUCUCCUAUUUUGGCCUGGCACAGUUUGUAGUUGAUUUUCUCAUUACUUCAUAUUCAUGCCGUUGCUUCAAGUACAACCCAGUGAAAGAAUAUUACAUCAAGAAAAAGUGUGAGAUGGUGCCAGGACCAAGAUGGACUCUACUUUAUGUGACUUUUGUUGAUGAGCCACACAUCUUUAUGAUUGACAAAUUUUUGAGGACGAGCCUACAGAAAGUUAAAGGCGAGGUUAUUCACAGAAAUACUGGUGAUUUUAUGCGUGCUGCCAAACUCCAGCUGCAACAUCCGGAUGAAGUUGUGUCUCUUCUUGGGGACUCUGAAGAGGUGCAUCCCCUCCAGAGCCAAGGGGGACCUGCUUCUUCGUCGUCUUCUUCCUCCUGUGAGCGUCCUGCCUGGUGCUGCUGUGGGAAAUGUCGUCCAGCCAAGGGCUACUGGGAGCAGCUCUGUUGCCGAAGGAAAAAUGGGGCCUGCAUCACAACUUCUGAUCUGUUUGAGCGCCUGGUCCUUUCCCGGCCGAUGCUGAAGUUUGUCCUCCUCUACAAAGAGCCCUUGUUGGACCUGAAUGGGGAGGCAUCUGACAGGAAGUUUCGGCACUGCGCUUACAAGCAAUACAUUCACUGGCGCUUUGGGGAGGAGGACCUGGAAGAAAGGGCUCUGAUCCCCAACUGCUGCAGGUGGAAAAUCCGGGAUGCUUUUCCCAGCGAGAACGGUCAAUAUGCUGGCUUUGUGAAGAAGGCCUAGAGGACCACGGAGACUCUGCACUGUGGCUUUGGGGACAGAACAGAUUCAGAGGGCGAGGCAGUGCCCCCUUUUGCAACCCCCCAAACCCCACCUCUUCAACAAUCCUGCCAUUCUGUGCUUCUCAUUCCAAUUAAUCAAAGUCAGCACUUGCAGAGCAGUGAUUAGAGUGAUGGAUGAGUUCAAAUCCCCAACCAGCCACGAAGUUCACACUGGAUGACUUUGAGCCAGUCACCCUCUCUCAGUCUAAUUUACCCCGCAGGGUUCUUGGGAGGAUAAAAUGGUUGGGGAAGGAAGAAUCACAUAUUCUGCAGCCCUGAAUUCUUUGGACAAAGAGUGAGCUAUAAAUGCAAUAAGCAAACGGGUUUGCUCCAUAUUUCUUCCUGGUUGACCCUUGAACUGAAAAGCCAUUUGGCUUCUUCUCCUCCUCCUCCUGGUAGCCUCUGCCAAAAGAGAGAAGAUGAUGCUGAUGAAAGCGGGACACAGGUGAGAAUAAAGCAGAUUUUGGGAACCACAGGUCAAGCAAGGUGUCCGUCUCAGCCUCCCUAAAUCUAUUUUUUGAGAGCAAAACGAGAUGUGACUUUGACACAGCCUCCCCCAACCUGGUGCCCCCCAAAUGUUUCGGACCACAAACCUCUUCUGGUUAGGGAGAAUUGGAACUUCCUGGGGUCGCAAUAGGGGAAGGUGGCUGUAAUGACACAAUAAGCAGCCACAACUGGGUUUUUGAAAACAAAAUACCAGGCGCAGGACCACAUUGCAGAGGAAAAGGAGUUUUAGUCUUCCCACCCAGACAAAAAUUCCCACCCUGUGUGCUGCUGUUAUCCCUAGCUUUUUGUGUUGGCAGAGGCUAACUGCCAUGCUGGGGGGGGUGGCUGAUUCUCAUUGGGAUCUCAGCUGAGGAGAGUUAAACUUCUCCUUCCUGUGUGUCGCUCUUAGGGAUGCCGGUGUGUCUACCACUAAGUACCUCCUAUGGCGUCCUCAAAAGGUCUCACAAAAUAUCUCCUAAGAAAUGCACAAGAGGCUGUUCAGGACCUGUUUGUGCUGGUUGGGCUAUCCUUGAGCUCAUCCACACUUCUCCUUGUCCUGUGCCUAGAAAGCAUGGGGUCCAGGAGGUUUUCCACUUGUCCAAGCGAUUUUUCGUUUGUGCUGCUGCUUUCCCUCUAGUGGGGCAGGAGAGCUGAAAAUGAUGCCAAUAUAUUUCACAUCUGGCAACCAAUGUGCCCCUUGGGUUUCAGAUAAUACAUGAGUAGAUGAGUCUAAAAAGCCCGGGACACAAAUUUUCACAGCUCUCUAGUGGCUAUAGUGACUCAUUUACCAGAUGUAAUGUACCAUUAUAGUUUUUUAGGGGAGGGGACCCCCUAAACCCUAGAAAUUAGUAAAUGCUAGGAUUUUGAUUAUUUGAAAUGUGAAGGGAAAAAUACGAGCUGCAGAGGUAUCCCUGGGCUGGCUUAUGCAGACCAGCCUGGCUGGGUUAGUGAAAAGCAAAUCUCUUAAUAUGACAAAAGGUGUUGAUGGGGAGGGAAUCCUUUGGCCUGGGGAGUCAGAUGUUACCCAGGUGGUGGGAUGUGUGUAUUUGAGGUGGCAGGAAAAGAGUUUUUUACUAAGGUUUUCCGGGAGGAAGAAAGGAGGGUUGAAAAGGUCCAUCUUGGGCAGGUUGGCUGAAGGCUGGCUGGGAGAGAUCCCUUGGACUCCAUGGCUGCACUGCUGUGAGGUACAAGGCACUCUUGAGAUGAUCGUGCUGUAAGCUCUGGACUCCCUCCAUGUAGACUGAGGUGUAAAUAGGUGAAGAUACCAUAUUUCUUAAAGAUACGAAAGUCUAUGCCAGGGCUUGGCAAUUUUUUUAGCCAUGGGAUAGUCCACUGUCCCUCAGACCUUGUGGUGGGCUGGACAAGUGGCACUGGGGGGAGGGAGCUGGAAGAAGAGGCGAGGGGGGCAAGUAGUCCUCCUCCCCUGCCGCUGCACUUGCCUUCCCUGGGGCUGCUGCCACCAUCGCUGCUGCCGCUGCUGCUUCUCAUGGGUAGGCAGAACAAGCUCAUCCGCUCCGCUCUCUGGCCCACAGGAGCAGCAGGGUGGCGGCAUCAGAGGGAAGAUGAACGGCGCAAAAGGGCUGGCUCUGGAGAGGGGCUGCUCAGCCCAGCCCCUUUCCUCCUCUGGGCAGGGCAGGAAGAAGCCGGGAGGGAGGGAGGGAGGGAGGAGGCUCCACCGUGGUGUGUGUGAGGGAGGAGGGGGGAUGGAAUGGUGCGGGGGGGGGGAAUGGCACAGAAUUCCCACACCAAUCCACGGACAGUCCACAGGCUGGAUCCUGAAGGCAAUUUGGCCUGAUCUGGCCCGUGGGCCUUAGCUUGCCAACCCCUGGUCUAUGCCGUGUCACAAUUCUCCUAAGGACCAUAGACCCUGGGCAAGUGCCUGGAACCCCAUGGGCUCUUGCCACUGCUCAGCAGAGAGACGGGCAGGCACACAACUUUUGUAACAGUAUUUAGCAUUAACUAAAUAUAUACUUAAUUCUGACCAGACUAAGCUUCCCAGGAGAGCUUUUUAGGCUUGUGUACUCUUGUACUAUCUGGAACCAAAGAGGCGCAUUGAUUGCCAGAUGUGAUUGCCCCCCAGCUCUCCUACCCCGCCACUGGGAAAAGCCAUUGUUUACCACUGAAUCGGACAGAGCAAGCAUCACACUGCAGAAAAACCAGCUGAUGUUGGGUUUUCCUGGGGGAAAGCAGCAGGACAAGCAGAAGUAUGGAUGAACCCCUACACUGAUCCCCACCCCUUCAAGAUGCCUACAUUUCAUUGAAUGCCAUGAUUGGGGACCUGCUCUCCCUGUUAUGUUCUGAAUAGAGAAUUGCAAAGAGCUGCUCUCUCUGAGGAAGUGCUGCAGUGACUGGUUGCAGGUGCCUCUUUUUGUCCAUUCAUGGAAGAGAUAACACUCACAGCAUUUUGUGGUUUUGUGUCUCUUGCUGCUGUGUUGGAAAUGGCAGCCAUUUUGUCUUAUGCCAAGCUCCCACAACAGCCACUUUCUGCCUGGUGCCCAGGGCACUUUCUCAAAAUUCCAAAUGGGUCCUGAAAGGUGUUGGCCCUGCCUGACAAAAGCCAACGAGGGGAGUUGAAUUGGUGUUUACCGUAUUUUUUGCCCUAUAGGACGCACUUUCCCCCCUCCAAAAAUGAAGGGGAAAUCUGUGUGCGUCCUAUGGGGCAAAUACAGGCUUUCGCUGAAGCUUGGAGAGCGAGAGGGGUCGGUGCGCACCGACCCCUCUCGCUCUCCAGGCUUCAGGAAGCUAUCAGCAAGCCUGGGGAGCCUGCGGGAGUUCCCGCAGGGCUCCCCAGGCUGCGGAUGUCUGCCCGGCGUGCAGGGUGCUUUGCUUCAGGGCUGUGGAUACUUUCCUACUUUCCCUAGGCUGCAGAUAGCAGCCUGCUACAUGGAGCGCGGGGCGCGCUGAAGCAGAGCGCCCCGCGCUUCGGGCAGACAUCAGCCAGCCCCACAAGCUCAGGGGACAGCGGGGAGGCGCAGCGCCGCCAUACUGCUGUUCCCUGACCUGGUUUGGUUUCCCC